AUGGGCUGUGGGCAUUCCGAGAAAUUUGAGGUAGGAAACCAAAGUGACUUGCUUGAGCUUGCUCGAGCCCAGAGGCCGAGUGCCCUGCUUCCUGGUCUUAGGACCACACUAAGAUACACAUGCUUGGGCUCGGACGCUCGUUUCCAGGCAUUCUGGCUAAAGACUGGAGAGCAGCGGCUUCUGCUUCGUCGAAACGAACGACAGAUAGUUGAACGGGCUGUCCAAAAUGAUACUUAG